ACGUGUAACUUGUAUAUGCAAGAAGCAACUAAACUCACAGUGCUUUCAAAGAUCUUACGAGAGAAAAUCGUGCAUUUAUUAUCAACAGUAAAUCACGUUAUAAUAAAAUAUAAAAUGGCGGAGGAUGGCGCAGGAGGGUCGGGAAAUAGCAGUACCGGAGAGGCAAGUCGGUUGCAGUUAUUGCAAGAAAUGCGACAGCAAAAUUUUGAUACUAUUCGAUUUGCAUCAUACCGUACUGCAUGCAAGUUGCGAUUUAUUCAAAAGAAAGUUCAUUUACAUAAUGUGGACAUAUGGAACGUGAUCGAAGCAUUUCGGGAAAAUGGUUUAAAUACAUUGGAACCAUCGAGCACGUUAGGAGUUUCGAGAUUAGAAACUUUAUUGUCUUCCUUAUUUCAUGCCCUUAAUAAACGAGUGCCUGUUUCGCAACAAGCAAAAGUCGAUGCUACAACUGCACUAUUAAUGAAUUGGUUAAUCGCUGCCUAUACUACAGGGGAAAACAAUAAAAUAUCCGUUUUUUCGGUGAAAGUAGCAUUAGCUACGUUAUGUGCUGGAAAACUCAUGGAUAAAUUUCGAUAUAUAUAUUCGCAAAUAUCGGAUAGCAAUGGUCACAUGAUACACUGGAGAUUUUCCGAGUAUUUAAAAGAAGUUCUAUCGUUAACGGCUGCGGUUUAUGAAUCCCCAUCAUUUGGAUACUCUGAAGGUCUUGCUAAUUCAAUAUUUCCCCAAAAUUCGAAAGUCACGGUUAACGAUUUUUUGGAUACGCUUAUGUCUGAUCCAGGACCACAUUGUUUAAUUUGGCUUCCAUUAUACCAUAGAAUGGCUGCUGUUGAAACAGUGGCCCAUCCUGUCAUGUGUGAUGCGUGUCAUAAAGAGAACUUCACCGGCUUCCGAUACAGAUGUCAAAAAUGUCAUUCAUAUCAACUUUGCCAAGACUGUUUUUGGCGCGGUAAAGUCUCGGGAACACAUAAUAACGAUCAUGAAACAAGAGAGUACAGUAGUUUUAAAUCACCGAGCAAACAAAUUGGUCAUUCCUUACGAAAAAGCUUUAGAUGCGUACCUGAGAAAGGGAAAAAUAGUUUACCGAGAUUUCCAGAACAGCCCGAGAAAACAUUAGAUUUAUCCCACAUAGUUCCACCAUCACCUUUACCAUCUCACAAUGGUUUUCCAGACCCAGGUUUUAUGGCACCUUUUGAUUCUGGAUCAAUGGACAGCCGUUCUACUUUAAGAAGUAUGGAUAGUUCAAGACUGGAUGAUGAACAUAAAUUAAUAGCACGAUACGCACAAAGGUUGGCUCAGGAAGCUAGGACUAUGCCUCGUGCCGCAUCUAGAAUGUCGCAAGCUGAUCAAGCAGGUAGGACACCAUCAGAUGCUAAUUUGGCAUCAUUAGACGCCUCGAGAGCACAACGUGAACUUAUAUCACAGUUAGAGGCAAAGAACAAGGAAAUAAUGCGCGAGAUUGCAAGGUUAAGGAGACAACAAGAGAUAGAAGCAGCUGGUUUGGAAAAUCCUGCAUUAAUGUCAGAACUAAGAGCUUUGAGGCAAAGAAAGGAUGAAUUAGAAACUCAUUUAGCAACAUUACAAGAUUCUAGAAGGCAAUUAAUGGUACAGUUAGAAGGUUUAAUGAAAAUGUUAAAGAAUCACCAAGCAUCUCCGAGAUCAACACCCAAUAGUUCACCACGAAGUACAAAAUCACCACCUCUACCACCUGGUGCAGUACCAAGUAGUAGAUCAGCCCCACCAACUCCAGGUGGUCCACUUUCUACAACGCCACAGCAACAACAACAACAACAAUCACAAAGUCAACAGCAAAUGUCUCAAAGCUAUCAGAGUCCUGUUCCAACAACAUCAGUGGCGAGUGUAACCAAUAAUACCAUGCUGGGAACAAUACAAAACCCUAUUCCAGAUAACUUAUCAUGUGUUGGAGGUGAUGUAAGGUCUGCGUUCAGGACAAACAGCUUGCCAGGAAGUGGUUCCAGCAGUGCGAAUAAUAGCUUGGGCCGAUCCUUACGAAAUGACUUAUUGGUAGCUGCUGACAGUGUUACUAAUGCCAUGUCAACACUCGUGAGGGAAUUAAAUUCGGACUCAGACCAGGAGGAUCAUUCUCACAACUCUGGCCGAAUUAACAUCAGAAAGCCGUUAGAUUUCGAGGCUGGCGAGGAUGGCGAUGAUAGUAGCGGUGGCGGAAAUUCUUGGAGAGAAGAACUUCAACGACGCUAUCAACAAGAAAAUGAUUUUUUGGCUGAAUUGCGUGCGCGUAAUGUUAAUAUUUCGCAGACACCAUCCGCCACACCAUCCAGUGAGCAAGAACAAGAAAGGGGUGAAAGGGAAGAGGCAGAUGGAGAGAAAGAAGAUGAAAAUGAAACCAACUGGACGGAACCGGCAAAGAAAUGGGUCAACCGAUAAGUUUAUUACAUGUCACAUUUAUACAUAUGAAUUCUAACGGCUUAGAAACUGCUACCAAAUGGAAAAAACGCAAAUAAAUUAUUGUAGUUCUACCAAUUAUGAUGGAUAUAUAUAUAUAUAUAUAUAUGUAUGUAUAUGUAUAUGUAUAUGUAUAUGUAUAUGUAUAUGUAUAUGUAUAUGUAUAUAUAUAUGUAUAUAUAUAUAUAUAUGUGUUAGUACGAAAUAUAAUCAGUACAAUAUUAGAUUUUGGACAAUAUUUAAAAUCUUACAUCUUCAAAAUUGUUUUAAUCAAAAAAAAAAAAAAAAAAAAAAUAAUUAUCAGCAGACCGAAAUUCAUAAGACAUUUCUAUAAAAUUUUAACAAAUAGAUAAAAUUAAAUAAUACAUAUUUAUAGAAAAAAUAAAUCUAUUAUUUAAUAUUUGUUAUUUGUUUUUAACAUAUUUCAUAAAAUAUAAAAUUUUGUUUUCCUACUGUGAUUAAAAUAUUGUUUCUGUUAGAUUUAUAUUUCAAAUAUUUUCUUUUAUAACAAAUAUAUUUAAAAUUCUUGAAUUAUUUUUUUUUAUAUGUAUAUAUAUUAUCUUUCUUUUUUUUUAUGAGUAUAAUUAAACGUAUUAAAUAUAAUGCUAUAAAUAACUGAAAUGAAAGAAUAUAAUUCGCAGUGUUUAUGGGCCUAAAAAUAUAAAAGUUGAUUUUUAAAUCAAGUUAAGCAAAUUUUUUUCACUUACAUAAUAACUACUUUUACAUACAAAAUCUUAUAAUUCAUGUAAUUUUAUCAUAAAAAUUCGAAACAUUAACAUAAACUUGAGCGCUCAAUACGAAAAAAAAUGAUUUAUUUAAUCUAUUGUGUGUAGAGAUGUUAAAAAUGAGAUAAAUUUUUGCACAGAUCUCUUUGAUCAACUUUAUAUAAGAAGGUAAGUAGGUAUAUAAUUAAAAAACUUUUUUAAAAUAAAAAAUAACAAAUGCUGUUAACAAACGCUUAUAAUUAGUUGCAGAGUCUCGAGUUUUUUUGUACAUUCAUACGAAUUAGAUAUAACAUUCAACAUAAACUUUAUAUAAUCGUUAAAAAUUGAAAUUAUAGUAUACACAUUUUAAAUAUAUUUCAUUAUAUGCUUAAUAUGUGUAGUUAUAUGAAUCAUAUUUAAAUAUUAUAAGAACUUUUGUAAUGCAUUCCAUCUUUUUUUUUUAAAAAAAUAUGCACCUCGGAGCUAAUGACUCAUAAAUAAAAUUUUUUCUUUUAUAUUAUCAUGUAAAAUAAUAUAAUUAUGUUCUCAUUCUCAUUAAUAAUUUAAUAAUAAUAAUUAAUUUUGCAUUCCUGAGAAAGAGAUAUACAAAUAUUUAGAAUUUUCUAAAAAUAUGCAAUUAUUUAAAAUAGAUCCACUGUGUAAACGAUACACUAUUAUACUUUUAUAAUUUUAAAUAUAUAUUUAGAGAUACAUAUGUAUUUCUGAAAUUUAAAUUCAAUCAUAUAGACUCGAUUCAAUUUAUAUGUAGAAUAUCUAAUUUCGGGUUUUUGCACACUUAAAUUCUAUAAGAUAUUUCAUAAUAAUUAUAAAAUGGAUUAAUAACAUUUAUAUAAUAUUAGGAAAACUUAUUAUGAUGAAACAAGUUCCUAUUAUCAAAAUGCUUUAAAUAAUUUACAAUAAAAUAUUUUUUAGGUAUUUGAUGAAAAAAUAUUUAUGACUCAGUGGCUUUGAGAUACUAUAACUUAAAUAUUAGAGAAAUAAUGUAUAUAAAUUUCAUUGUCGAUUAUAUGUUAAACAUAAAAUAUUAGCAUCCGUAGACAACAUUUUAAUGUACAUUUUAAUGUAUUGCUUAGGCAUUUUGAACGUAUCAAUGUAGUUUUUCUUAAUUUAAUUUAAUUUCUUUAAUAUUUUAUAAAAUAUUAACUUUAAUAUUUAAAAAAUAUUAAAUUUAAAUGCCUAAGUUUUACACAGUAAUUAUAAAUAAUACAUAAAUGCAUACAUCAUAUUUGAUGUGAUUGUAUAAUGUAUAAGACUAGAAAAAUUGAAUUUGUUUUAUAUGCUAUAUAUUUCCACUUUAGUUCCUAGAUUAAAUAUUAUUUCAAUAAAUAACGACUAAAUUGUACUUAAUAUAGAAAAAUGCACAUUUUAUAAUUUUUAUGUAUUGUAUGGUACAAUAUGAUAUAUAUAAAACAUUCUAUGUAUAGAUAUAUAUAUAUAUUUAUAUGAGUUUUUCCUUGUCUAAUAAUCUUCCUUGUCUAUAUGUAGUAAUUACGCGAUAUAAUUAUUAAAUAAAAAAAAGAUGAAAUCAUAUCAUACACUUCUACUAAUUUCUACUAAAAACAAUUUUUAUUAAUAAUUAAUUAUGAUUUAUGAUUUCCAUUUAAAUUUCUUUAAAAUAAUUUUAUUUUAUAUUUUGUUUACAAUAUUAAAAAAAUGUAAUAAAUUACCAUAAUUACUAAUGAAAAUUUUUAAUAACUUCAAAAUUAAGUUGAAUAAAUAUUGAAUGAUAUAAUAAUUGUAAAUAAAAAUAAAAAUUGCAAUAAAAAUUGAAAAAAAUUUAAAAAUAUAUUAAAAUAUAUAAUAAUUUAUAAUUGAUAAUUAAUAACAAUUUAUUCUAUAUGAAAUUAAUAAUUAUUAUUUAAUUUAGUAUUAAAUUAUUAAUUAGUUUAAUAAUUUAAGAAAAUUUUUGAAUAUAUUUCAAUAUGAAAAGAUGAAAUUUGAAACAAUUGCUAUUAGUAAAUAAAGAUUUACAUUAAUAAAUAAAGGUUAAAAUAUAAGAUAAAUAAGAUAAUGGAUGAUUUUAUGGAUAAUAAAGGUAAGAAGAGAAAUAAUAAUAAACGUGAAUUAUGUUUAUUCUAUUCUACAAUUAUAUCGUUCGAAAAACUAUUGCUUUUAAAACAAAAUAUUCGAACAUUAAUUAUAAUCGGUCAACGAGAUAUUACUUCUUUUAGUGCAAUUUCACAAUUAACUGAAUUACAAGAACUAUGGAUUGUUGAAUGUGGUAUUAAGAUCAUAAUUGCAUUAAAUCAGUAAUGAGUAUUACUAAACAAAAACUACCAGUAAUAAAACAUCUAUUUUUAAACAAUAAUUAUCUUCAGAAUAUUAAUGAAAUAACUCAUUGUUCUACACUGGAAUAUCUAACUUUGGAUUACAAUGCAAUUGAAUUAUUAAAUGUAGAAGAUUUCAUUGAAAAUAAUAAUCUGAAGUUUUUAUCUCUUGAAUAUAAUAAAAUAAAAUCAUUGGAAUUUACAAAAUCAUUAAAAAAAUUACAAAAAUUAUAUGUUGCUCAUAAUUGUUUAACAAAUAAAAUUGAAAUACAAUACUUAUUAUUAUUAAAAAAUUUAGAAGAAAUAACGUUUGAAGGAAAUCCUUUUUGCAAUGAAAUAAAUGAAAAUAAAAUAAUUUUUCAAGAUUUUGGAAUUAAAGAUGCAACAAUUUAAAAAAUUUAGUUUAAAGAAAUAAAAUUUGUAAAUUGUAUUACUUGAUUAAAUUUAUUUAGAAUAAUUUUAAUAAAUUAUAAAAAUAUAAAAUUUAAAUAUGAAUAAAUUAUUUGAAUAAAUUUAUAUAUAAUAAAUAUAUAUAUAAAAUAAUAAUAUUUAUACAUACUUAUUUUAUAAAUUAAUUUUUGCGAAUGACUCGUACUUGUUCAUCUAUAUAAUUAUUAUUACUAUUAUAAUUUAUAAUUUAUACAUAUGUUUAUAUUACAUAAUUACACAGUUACUAAAAGAAAUACAAACUAUGCUAUGAAAUAGUAGAAGGGAAACAAACUAAUGUAUGAAGAAUAGUUUAUUCAACAAGCGAAAUAAAUAAAAAAAAAGCCAUCUAUCCGAAUUUGAAAAAGUUAUAUUCUUAAAAUAAAGGGAUGUGUGUUUAAGAAUAAUUGUUAAAAUAUUUAUUAAUUUUACAAUCGGUUUACAACUAUUACUUUUUUUACUUUUCUUUUUUUAACUGUACAAGAAUGAUCCGGAAGUGAAGAGGAAAAAUUAUUAUUCAAGUCCCAUAAAUGAAACCUAAUAUUUAACUAUUAUUUAGUAAUUCUAUAUAAUACGUUAUAUCAUCGAAUAAAUGGCGAUCUAUGUUAAA